AUGUACCGUUACGUAAAUUAUAUUGGUGAAAGAAGACCUCAAGUGUUCCAUGAUAGGCCUAAUUACUACGACAUUUUAACAGAAGAUGAAUGUAUGUAUAGAUUUCGUCUUUCAAAAAAAUGCGUAGUUUAUUUAUUAAAUUUACUCACAGGAAAACUGGAAACAGCAACUGACAGGAAUAUGGCAUUAACUACAAUGACUCAGGUUCUGCUUACACUGAGAUUUUAUGCUUUAGGCACUAUGCUUAUAUCAGUUGCAGAUAUGUUUGGUGUUAGUAUAUCUUCUGCAAGCAGAACAAUUAAAAAUGUUUCCUAUGCUAUCGCGGGAUUGAGUGGAUCAUUUUUAAACAUUCCUGUACAUAAUAUUGUUGAAACAAAAAUGAAAAUGUUUAAGAUUGCUCGAUUUCCAUUAGUCUUUGGUGCAAUCGAUUGCACUCAUGUGAGAAUCAAACCUCCAGGAGGUGAAUCUUCAGAAACAUUUCGGAAUCGUAAAGGAUAUUUUUCGUUGAAUGUGCAAGCACUCGUAAAUUCCGAUUUGAAAUUUAUGGACGUUGUUGCUAGAUGGCCUGGAUCAGCACAUGACAGCAAUAUUUUCCGAAAUUCUAGGCUAUAUGCAAGGUUGGAAUCUGAAGAAUUUAAUAACAUGGCAAUUUUAGGAGAUAGUGGGUAUGCUUUAAAACCAUACAUGUUAACACCAAUUGCAAACCCUGUUGGACGCACAGAAAUGCUAUACAAUGAAUCUCAAAUCCGAACUAGAAAUAUUAUUGAAUGGUGUUUUGGAAUCUGGAAAAGAAGUUUUCCAGUUUUAUCACUUGGAAUACGAUUACAAUUAAAAACUGCUCAGGCAAUUAUUAUUGCAACAGCAAUCCUACAUAAUAUUUGCCGAGAUAUGAAAGGAGAGUUGCCAGGGGAUGAUUUUCAAUUCUUGGAUCAACUUCAUGAAGCUGAAGAUAUGACUGAAACGGAGAAUCAUUUUGGUGAAAAUGAUGAAGACUCUAGGACUAGAGAUUCCCUUCUCAAUAAUUACUUUGCGAGGUGA